GCACUAGUGGAGACCCCGACCACGGAAAGCGCCCGCCGUCCUCCUGCUGUUGUCUGUCCGCGUCCAGAGAGCAGAGAGCACCAGCCCUCCUCCUCUGCCGCCGCCUCUGCUCCUCCUCCUCCGCCUCCUCUCCUUCUUGCCAGCCAACCCGACACCUCUCGCGCUCGUCCAAUCCCCCUCCUCCUCUUUGGCGAAGCACGCUGUGGCAUGGGCGCAUCCCGUUUCCCCGCGCGCUCCGUCAUGACAAGCUUCUCCUCUGUUCGACCCGACUGUGCCUUCUCUCGCGAUCCGUCCCCGUCACCCUAGCCCCGUCGCAUUCUCUGCCGCCGCUUGUGUCGCCUCUGGCCAGCAGCGGCGCGGUCUCUCAAACGCCCCGUCACUGUUGAUUGCUGUCGCAGCUCUCGCCGCCGCAGCUCCCAUCUCCGCCGGGCGAGGCAGCCUCACGCCGUCGUCCAAAACCCCGACGCUCCCCGUCACCCCACGCCGGCCCGCCGACCGUCUUCAAUGGCACCCCCUUCGCCGCGUCGAUCCUCGAGAGCCCGCGCGACGAAUUCGCAAUCCCAACAGUCUUCUGUGUCCUCGGGAACCUCUGGACGCCACGAGCGAAGCACCAGAUCCCACCAAAAACCCCCCUCAGGCAAGUCGACGCCCAGCGCCUCGCUCUCGUCGGAGCCGCUCGACGACCUCGACGACACUCUCCUCAGCCGGAGACGCAAGCGCGGCCAAGACGACGAUCCGGAAAGACCCCCCCGCGUCGAAAACACAAUCAUCAUGGCCAAUGGAGCCGUCGACCUCCAGGACGAGGAGGACGAGGCCGUCCGCUGCAUCUGCGGCUCCGAGGACUACCCGGGCCGCCCCCCCGUCGAGGGCCCCGACGCCGACUUCUUCGCCGGCAUCGAGCUGACCGAAGAGGUUACGGGGUUCUUCGUUCAAUGCGACGUCUGCAAGGUCUGGCAGCAUGGUGCCUGUGUCGGCAUCUUCAGCGCCGAGGCGUCGCCCGACGAGUACUUUUGCGAGCAGUGCCGCAAAGACCUCCACAGGAUUCACACAGCCAGCAAUGGGCAAAAAUACUCCAAAUACCUUCCCCUCCAUCAAGCCUCGCGAACGACAUCGCGCGCGACAUCGAUAGCAAAGGAUGGCACUCGAUCCCCGAAACCGAGCGGUUCCAAGAGGGAGCGCCCCAACUCCGCCUCGCAAGCCGCGGCGAAGAGGCGGUCCACGAUGAACAGCCGCGACGCCGCCUACGAUGAUGAAUUGCUCCGUCGAGUCAUUGAGGCGAGCAAAGAGGACGCGCCCCCCGACACGUCGGACACGGCCUCGAGGCGGGCCAAGCGAGGGCGAAGCGACAGCGAAGAGUUGGUCUCUCACACCAGUCAAGCCAUCGACACCGGUCUGACGAGCCACAGAAACGGCACAAACGCCAAGCGGCAGCGCACAGGCUCUCGCUCCGUGUCGCCGGCGGCGGCGGAACUGCCGGACGCAAACGGCGGGGAUGCCUCGGACGACGACUCCAGCGCCCGCAACGGUGCCAAGAAGUCAAGGAACGUCAGAAGCCAGCGCGAGAAGUCGGAGAAGGAGGACAAGGAACAACAGAGGCAGGAGGCGGCAAACAAGCGCAAGGGCCGGGCCGAACGGCGCCGAGCAGAAGGUAGAGUCUUCCGUUUGCAGCUGGACAGGAUCCCAGAAGCUAACGCUGCGUCGUCAAGACUCCGACUUGUCGGAAGAAAUGCCUCUGGCAGCAGCCAAGGUCGUCCAGAGCAAGAGCGUCGAGCCCCCCAGCGUCGAGGAAACGCCGACGCCCGCACAGCCGCCGGGCACGCCGCCGACGAGCAACCCGACAGGCACAUCAGGCACCACCCACAAGAGGGCCGCUCGGAGCUCCCACAAGAGGGGCAAGGGACGCAACCAGUACACCAAGGACCGCGACGCGGACGACGAGUCGCCGGCGCGGUCCAUGUCACGAGAUAUCCAGAAAAACGCGGACGAGCCUAGCCACGGCAAGGCUUCCGCCGAUAGCAAGCACGGACACAAGGGCAAGCAAGCCGCCACGCACAAGAUGAGCAUGCUGGACAUGAAGCGCCGAGUGGCCGCAAUCAUGGAGUUCAUCUCCCGGACGCAGGUGGACCUGGCGGGCGAGCAUGGCGGUUCCACCAGCGGCAGCAGCAGCAGCGGUGCCGACACGCCGCAGAAAAACGACGCCACCGGCGUCAAGGCAGGUGGCGACGGUACAAACGGCGCGACGCCGGACGCGUCCGACGCCAAGGGGUUCAAGGAGCUCAACUGCAUGGAGAUGAUGGACGUUUUGACACGCGAUAUGGUCAAGUGGCAGAACCAGUACUCCUGACGGACGGCUCCGCCAGCCCGACCGUGUAUGAUAAUGGCAGGAUGGUUUUACCUCCCCCAAGAUGGCGUUUGGACGGUUGCUGGGCAUUCGAUGGCGUCUCGUCGGCGGCAAGAUUGUCGCGUGCAGGAGCUUUCACAAUGGCUUGGAUGGCAAGGUCCGCGGGCCCACGCGGGCAGGCUGCUUUCUUUUCUCAUAUACCCUACAUGAUGCGCAGAACGAGACUUGGGGGUGGGCGCUGGAAGCGGGCGCACGCAGUACACCACGAGGCAGCCCAGGUCUUGUGGAGAGGGGAAGGGGGUUGUUGCUUGCGCAUGGUGUAUUGACGCGCGCGUCGUCUAGGAGUACAAGGCGUUUAUGGUACAGUGUACAUGCAGAUUGAGUCCAUCAAUACAGAAUCGUGGCACGAUGAUGCUCGAGAC